GCCAAUAGGAAUGUACCCCAUAAUUGAGUUGUCCCAACCCCGCACGGAGACAAGAUCUAAGGUUAUCUGCGUCUUGUACCCCCUUGCUUUGCUUUCAACCACCAUCUUAUCCAUCUCUUUUAUUUCCCCUCCCUGUCAGUUAUACAAAUAUCAUACAUACAAUACAAUAUGUACAUGAAAGAGAUAUACACGGACUCCACCCCCUCCACCCUCCACACCUUCAUCCAACAAAACCCCCUCGGCGUCCUCACUACCGCCAUCCCCUCCUCUACACACCCAUUACUCCAAUCCACCCACAUCCCCUGGGUACUCGACAUUCCUCCUCCCAGCACUGCCGAUAACAGUAACACCGUCAAACUCCGCGGCCACAUCGCCCGCGCCAACCCCCAAUGCGCCGCCAUCCUCGACUCCCUAGCCACUCAACCCGAAUCCAUUCUCCCCACCGAAGUCCUCAUCCUCUUCACCUCCCCCUACCACAGCUACAUCACCCCGCACUUCUACACCACCACCAAGCCCCUCACCGGCAAAGUCGCUCCAACAUGGAACUACGCCGCCGUGCAAGUCUACGGCUGCGCACGGAUCUACAACCCCCGUUCAGAGGGAGAGCUCGGCGAGCAGGCCUCGAUGUUCUUGGAUACACAACACCGGUACUAGUGAUACUCAUACUCAUAACAACCCGGAGGAGAAACCAUGUCCCCGAGCAUGGACCGUCGACGAAGCGCCCGACGCAUACAUCAACAUCCUGAAGAAGAAUAUCAUCGGGAUAGAAGUGACUGUGACGCGAAUGGACGGGAAAUUUAAAAUGAGCCAGGAACGCGGAGAGGGGGAUCGGGAAGGGGUGCUAAGGGGUUUGGAU